CCCGCCCUAAUACUGUGCUCUGAUGUCAGCGCAAGCAGACGGACCGUUUCAACUAUCAUUAUAUCUGCAUUCAAGCCACGUUUGGUGCUGGUUUGUUUGUGUACAUGUGUUGAGGUGAAGUCAUGCCACUGGUGAAGAGAAACAUUGAGCCCAGGCACCUGUGCAGAGAAGCUUUACCUGAGACCAUCAGCAAUGAGCUGGAGUGUGUGACCAACAACACUCUCUCUGCCAUCAUACACCAACUUAGCAGCCUCAGUAAACAUGCAGAGGAUGUGUUUGGUGAGCUCUUUAAUGAAGCCAAUACAUUCUACCUGCGUGCUAAUUCUCUACAGGACCGUAUAGAUCGUCUUGCAAUCAAGGUCACUCAGUUGGACUCUAGUGUGGAGGAAGGUCAGUCAAAGGUCAAAAGUCAAAGAUCACAUGCACUUUACCAGAAAUGGGAUGCAUAUUUAAUAGGAUAUUCCAGGCUAAACCUAACAUGCAUAAGGAAUAAUUCCUACAAUAAGUCGUAUUUGAUCAUAUGA